AUGGGCCCGGGGAUCGGGUUUCGCUCCCAAUGGGGGCGGGGGGGACACUUUGGACCGGGCCCCGAGAAGUAUCUAAAGUGCCUGAAGGGGGAGCUGAGGCUUCCCAGUGGAAGACAGAGACGACACCCCCAUCUUUGUCACCGGGACCCGCUCCCCGGCGGCCGAGAAGCCCCCGGUAGCCCGCCCGCCACACGCCCGCCCCGCACAGACACACACAAACACACCCAUACCGUGCGCCGCGGCCUCGCGUGGCGGGGGUGGGGGAGGAAGCGGACUGGGAGGAAGGGGAGCGAUCUUCCCUUCCUGGCCGGAAGUCGUGCUCCCGAGAAAUCCUUCCCACCAACAGAGCGCUCGGAGGCGUCCGCAGGGAGGGUUUCCAGGACCCUCCAGGGGUCCCCCGGUGCAGGAGGGCGGCGGGCGCCUUUCUGGAAAGGGGGGUCGGGCUCAGCCGAGAAGCGAGGCUGCCGCGGAGCAGGGAGAGCCCGGAACUGGAAGUGGGAAGACUUUCUGCCUGGGGCUCUCCGGACUCCAUUAGGUGCUACCCAGGCUGGUUGCCGUGGUAACAGGCGUCGCGGUUUGUCCGGAAACGAAAGAGACUUAAGAGGCCUAUUCACCUCAAUCAUGGAGUCAUCCUCAAACGGUCUGCUUACCCAAGUUACUCAGUUCUGGAACCUACUAGAUGAUUUGGCUGAAAGUAACCCUGAGAGCUAUAAGAGCUUCAUUCAACAGCAGCUGAAAGAGGGCAAACAGCUUUGUGCUGCCCCAGAACCACAGCUCUGUCUACAAACAAGAAUCCUGAAACCUAAAGAAAAAACACUUUUUAUCAACCUAUGUCAGUGGAAAAGGAUUCCAGCUCCCCAAUCAACCACUGAUCCAGUACCUCUGAGUGUUGGCAGGCCAGAAGAUAUGUCUGAAACAUCAGAUGUCUACACAGUCAUCGAUGUUGCCUACAAUCCUGAUGUUCUCCAGGCAGCAGAAAAGGACCAAGUGAAAAAAGAUCAAUUAAUACACAUGGCCAUGAAAUGCAUUGAGGAACAACUCCAGUUCACACUCUCACACAUUUACCAUAUUACCAAAUUUAAAAUAAAAGGAAGCAUUCAAAGGAUGAAACAAAAUCUGAUGGGAAUCCAAACUGGCCCCACAGAUUUAAGAGAGAAAAUGAGAAAAGAACUAACCCUUGAACAGAUAAGCAGCAGCACUCUGAGCAAUUCAGAUCACUCCCCUCAACUUUUACUGCCAAAGGACCAAGUUUCAAGCAAAAAGGGGUGCCUGAUAGAAGAGAUUUCCAGAACAGAGAUCCAGGUGGAGAUGAAGAGACCAGCCUAUGAAUUAAAAAUGGUGGCAGAUGAGAAUGAGAAACCACUGAAAAUUGAAUUAAAAGUUGAAUUACCUGGUAUUAAUUCAGUAUCUCUCUGUGACCUUAGUGUUUCUGAGGAUGAUUUAUUGAUUGAGGUCUCUGAGAAGUACAGAUUGCAUCUGAAUCUUCCAGAAUCUGUGGAUACUGAAAUGACUACAGCAAAAUUUAUCAAAGAGAAAGCUACAUUGAUCGUCACAAUGCCAUUGGUAAAGGAGAAAAGAUAGAAACAUCAACGAUGAGAAUCAUUGCUCGGCAGCCUCCUGCACACCUCCAACUGGGGCUCCAGCCUGCAAGCCUGGCAAUGUGCCCUUGACCAGAAUCAAACCCCAAACCCUUCAGUCACAGGGCAACACUCUAGCCACGAAGCCAAACCAGCUAGGGCAAAACAUAAUUUUCUUAAACCUGACCUGAUUUGAAUCCUUCUAGCAAUAUGAUAAUUUACCAUCUAUUAUAAAGAAGUCCUAAAAUUGUAUGAUGUCCUAAAAUUAACAAACCUAUUACACUCUCAUCCCUCAAAAACACUUGGGAGUUUAGCCUUUUCUUCUGCAAAAUCAGUCAAAACUUAUUUCCUAGAAACUCCCAUAACUAACCACAUAGAACUGGUUUAAUCUCUACUCUUGUACUCAUGUCAGCAGCUAUGUAUUUGUGUACUCACUAAUAAAAUUAGUGUUAUUAGUGAUAUAGUUAUCCCAAAAUAUUUUCACAUAUUACUUGAAGGCGUUUUUCUUUUCUUUUAAAUUUUUUAGAAAUGUUUU